AUGAAGACCAGGUGGGUGGGGAAGCUGGAGCUCAGCAAGGUGCAAGGAUCUAAACUUGCGUCGAAGGCUGCACCUGUUUUGCGCCGCUACCAGGAAGGGGUGUUUGUGGGGGAGGGAAGGAGGGAGGUUCUGCGCCCCCCAAAUCCGGAGAAAGCAGCCCGCCCCCUCACCCGGCAGCCAGCUCAGCGCACCCAAGGGCUGAGCCCAAAAAGCCGGCUUCUAACGGUGCUGGCUCUGGGGCACCAAGCGUGCCAUGCAAGCCCCGCAGUCCCCUCCCAGCUGAGCCCCGCUCCCGGGACUCUCGAUAACCCAAAGAAGUGCCAUUCAGAUCUAGGUCCGUACGUCUUCGGCCCGAGUCCCCUGCUACCCGCUGGGGCUCCUGUGCGCUUCUGUCCCCAGGUCCCCCUUGCGCGAGCCUGCGCCCCUCACCCAGGCUGGGGAGCAUCCCCUGGUCACCUCGGCCGCGUUCGUUUUACUUCCUCCCGCGGAGGACAUUGCAGCAAAACCGGGCAGCACAAGGGCCAAAAAGUGGAACGAGAACGCCUUUCGUGUCGCGCAGCCAGCUCGCCAACAUUCCCUCCCCAGCGCCGACCCUCGGAAUCCCAAAACUGCAACUUUUUCCCUUCUGUCUCCGUUUCCCUUUGGCUGCGGCGAGUCGGCGCAGGGCGGCAAGGCGUGGAACGGGCUGGCAGCCGCGCGGCUGCGGGUGGCGGUGCCGGCGAAAGCCCGGAGCCGGCGAGUGGUCUCGGAAUCGGAGAGCGCGCCUCGUUUCCAGAGCUCCUGGACCCCGCAAGCCGGCGAGCGCAGAGCCGGCCACCAUGCCGGGCAGACCGCACCACUAGACGCUCCCGGUGGCUCCCACCCGGCGGCGGCGGCGGCGGCGGCGGCGGCCGCGAUGGUUUCAGACGCUGAAGGAUUUUGCAUCUGAUCGCUCGGCGUUUCAAAGGCAGAGGCCCCCUCCCCCUUUCCCCCCUCCCUCGCCGUCUUUGUUUCCUUCCCCCCCUGCUCU